UAACCUCAGUUCGACGUCAACACCACGGUUGUGCUCAUCCACAAUCCGCUGCGACUAACCUUCCCACAGCGGUACAAUGCACCACAUGAUGAAUCAUGCACCUCAACAAACUAGCAUGGUGCAUAUCCCAUGCAUUUGUCUCCUGUCUAGCUACUUGGCGAACGCCACAGCCUGUGUCCCGGAGGGUGUCGCGCCACCAAGAUCCUUCGACGCAAGGCCAGCCAAUGCAAGAAUCGUCAAAUGUAUUGCGUGCGAGUCAUGGCGGAGACACCAAUGUUAA